AUGCCUGACGAUUCUCCAGUAUCAGAUAAGCAACAACUCGACCAAAGUACAAAUAAAGAAACCUUGAUGACGAGCUUUCCCAUCACCAAGCGAAAGCGCGCGACGCGUGCCAAGUUCGCUAAAGUACGCACUGGAUGUGUCACUUGCAAGAGACGACAUGUGAAAUGCGAUGAAACAAAGCCGGCUUGCAAAAAUUGUAUUAAAUGGGCUGGGUUUUGUGGUGGCUACGAGCCUAUCCUCAAUCAAUCCAAGUCGUCCGUCAAGCCGGCAUUUGUAACGCCGCAGAGUCCCGAAAUUGACGGCACAUCAUCCCCCGAAGAGAUAGAUCUCACUAUGUAUGAUUCCGGCUAUCAAUUUCGACACCCUGAGGAUCUCUCCCCUCCAGAAUCAAUCGAUUCCCAAGUCAGCUCCUACGGAUGUCUGAGUUGCCCACCACAGCCUACAGCGAACUGUUCCAUUGUCCCAGGUAGCCGUUUAUCUCUUGACAACACAUUCUGGACCUGGAAUCUUCCUAGACUCGCUCAUGACAACCCCGCUAUUCGCCAUGCCAACAUGGCAGUCCAUGCCCUCCUAUUUUCCAAGGGCCAUACUCUGGCACGCGUUGGAAAGGUCGCCGGAAGGGACCACUACGGAGAGGCCUUAUCUUGCUAUGGGAUUGCACUACAAGAAGCUAGACAGGCGACGACAGGAUAUAUAGACCUCCGUGAAGCAGUCAUAUGCUGUAUGUUCUUUGUAAUCUUCGAGACAAUAAAUGGAGAUCAGGAGGCUGCACAAGCGCACCUGCAAAGCGGCCAAAGAAUUUUAGAGGAAAUUGACCCUGAAUACAACGGCGUCGAAGGAUUUCGCAAGGAGCUUCGAAAUGUUUUACAAUUUCUUGCGCAACAAGCCCGUGGGUCUGGGCUCGAUGAAGCUAAUCAGCGCGAGGGCGACGAGGGCGGCAGCAUAUUGGAUACACUUAUGACACCGACUAAGACUGCAUUGCGGAGCUUCCCAGAUGGGUUUGUUUCCAGUUUUCUCGCUCCAAGAUGUCUCCCGACUCCGAUGCUGGGAUGCUCAGGAUGUUCAGGCAAUGCAAAUGCACACCCUUUGCCGUAUUCGUUCAAGGCCGGGGCACAUGAAGUCAGAAGUUCUCGCAUCACUCUACGCGACCGCACACGCCUGACGGUGGCAGUCCCGUCAACCAUGGCCUUGCGUCUGCCCCCGGGACUGGUUCCCUCAGAGUAUGUCCAGCUUCGCCGUCGCGUCGCCAUCGCGGGUCGCAUGCGCCGGCGCAUCGACCCUGGCGAGCCAAUUUUCAAUAUUGUUCCACGGUUACGAACUAAUGCAGAAACUCAGGGCCAAACGCCUCAGCUGCGUCCACCAAGAAGAAGCAAUCUCCCACUCUGGCUCGCGCUGCUGCUUAAAAAACAACGCCGCGCCAACAUCGUGCCGCCGCCAUGGAUGCAUCCCGACUCUCUUCGCGACGUCAUCCACCACGAAACCAAAGUCGACACCAAAGGAUGGGCUCCGCCGCCUCCGCCGCGCUCACGCGCUGAUUUUAUGGGAAACGCUACACGCAUAAACUCCUUCUCCGGCGAGGAGACUAUUCUCUCCCCGCCGUUUCUACCGUCUUGUACGGCCGACGCACCCUCUGGGGCUUUGCCCUAUCACUGGUUUGAGUUGGCAGAGAUGCUGCUUGCCCAGGCAGUUGAUGAUAUUGCUUCAGCGUCGGAGGUGCGGUCGUUGUUGAGGGAUCUGCAGGAGGUUCGGGCGGCCAAGAUGAGAAGCAGUACGGCGCAGCUAGAGAGUGGUGUUGAUGGAGUGAUGAGCUUGAGGGGCGUGGGGGCCAUGGAAUUGGCCGAGAGCAGGGGAUUUGUUACGGGCGUGGUGGAGGGCGUGAGGACGAUCGGGGCAAGUGCUGAGGCCAUGAGGCGAGAGGAAGAAGAGCAGCGACGGGGUGAUGGAGAGGCCAGCGAUGAUGAUAUGGGAUUAUGA